AUGCGCACACAGCACAGCAUCAUGUGCGUUCAUCCAAGUAUUCUAGUUCUCACCUUUGUGGAGGAUGUUGGCAAUCCAGAUUGCCCUUUCAACGAAGCAAAGCUGACCAAGACAUCGACGGGAUCCGCAACGUCACGGAUGCUAGAGAAAAUAGUGGAUCGCUUGAACACGGCAAGCUUUUUUAGUGGUCGUAGCCGAUUGGUGGCGUCGCUCAUUAGCCUGGGAGGUUCAGUUGUGCAUGAGAUCUUCGUAAAGACCCUCACGGGCAAGACUAUCACCCUCGAGGUGGAGUCGUCUGACACGAUUGACAAUGUCAAGUCCAAGAUCCAGGACAAGGAAGGCAUCCCGCCCGACCAGCAGCGAUUGAUCUUCGCUGGCAAGCAGCUCGAGGAUGGCCGCACACUCAGCGACUACAACAUCCAAAAGGAAUCAACCCUGCACCUGGUGCUCCGCCUGCGGGGUGGCAUCAUCGAGCCCUCGCUCAAGGCGCUGGCCUCCAAAUACAACUGCGACAAGAUGAUCUGCCGAAAGUGCUACGCCCGCCUCCCACCCCGAGCCACCAACUGCCGAAAGAAGAAGUGCGGUCACACCAACCAGCUCCGACCCAAGAAGAAGAUCAAGUAG